UAAGCACAGAAGAACGAGUCCCGGAAGUAUACUCCGUUUUAAAAUAUCUGCUUGUGGAAAUAUGUUGUGAAACUUAUUAAGUAUGGAGAUAUCGUCUGAUGAAGAUGAUGACUGGUUUAUUGAGUCUCUAAACACAUACAAAGACCUGCAUGUUUUUCAACUCGAGCAUCCCACAAAAGUUAUAGAGUGGACAGGUGACAAAAGUAUUUGUGUCGCAGCGUACAAUGGAACAAGAAACGAAAUCUUGGAAUUACUUCUGCCUCUUAAGUUAUAUGCAGGAGACAACCAGGGUCUUUGUGCUGAGCGAGACUUCAAAGUACAGCAUGGUGGAUUUUCAGAAGAACCUGUUGAGUGUUUGAUACAUAUCCCUGGAACAAGAUGUGUGGUGACCAGUGGAGGUUCUAGUUCAACAUUGCAGAUUUGGGAUAUUGGCGGAGAUGAUAGUGAUGUUAUAAAAAGGACUGGAGUCAUAAACCCCAAAAACAUAACUGCAAAAGGCUGUAAAAUAGCACCUGGUUUGACUGAAGAGCCUGCAGUACUUCAUGGUUCUUUAACUAAUGAUAUUCAACUGCAAGAGUUAGCAACAGGAAGAGUUCUGUAUACCACAAGAAGUGACUGCUCAGAGUCAGUGAGUGGUUUGCAGUUUCUCAACGCUUGUGUAUUUCUCAUUUGUGCAAGUAAUGGCACACUGCUUAUGGGAGACACGAGAGACCCGUUGACCUGUCAUUAUCCUCUAAAGGAGAACAUGAGUGGACCGCACUGGUGUUUUGGACUGAGGAAGAGCAGCUCUCAAUCAGAACCUUCAGUAUGUACAAUAGCAAGACUUUCUUCAUCUGGUCACAUGAUGCUGUCUGAUCCAAGAGAUUUACAGAAUCCAUUUUGUCAAACUCGACUAAACGUUCAACACAACUCGGUGAAGAAUGAAUUUCUGAAUGUUUCUUGGGCUUCUGUUCUUAACAGCUGUCUGUCUGUGUCUGGGUUUGAUGGAACAGUACAGAUUUACAAUACAACAAAUUGGAGCAUAGAGGCACCGACACCCCAGCCUAUUUUUUCACACAAAGGUCAUGAUAUGUUUUAUGAAGCAGAAUGCAGUGGUUCCCGACCUGUGGUUACCACCCAUGCUUGGCAUCCAUCACGACCAAACACUCUUCUCUCAGCAGCUACUGAUGGAUCUAUACAUGUAUGGGACUGGGUUGACAAAACCACUAAGACAUGAAGAUACCUAAGGUUCAUUUCUGAAUGGAUAUCCUUGAUUCAGUUUUAAAAGUCAGCAAUGUUUUUUAACCAAUUUCCAUCAUGUUAAUGCAUUUCCAGCAACAGUACAAUAUUUGCAUACAACUCUGUUUCAACUAUAUUGUAAAUAUACCAGAAUGUAAAAAUAAACAAUUUAAAGUCUUGAAGGUUUUAAAAAGACUAUAACGUUUAUGAACUAUAUUAAAACACACUAUCAUAAAAAUGUGGUGUGUUCGAAACGAAGGAGGA